AUGUGUGAUGGUGAUACUGGUGAAAUUCUCCUGAUCUGUUAUAAAUUCUCCACAUAUGUUCGAUUUAUCGCCUAUGGUGGUGGUUGCUGUAGUGGCGAUAUUGGAGGUGAAGCUGGAGAUGGAGUUGGAGGACAUAGAAGCAAUUUUUGGCUCUGUUUGGCAAUUUUUGACAAAGAUUUAGAAUCAAAAUUGAGGGCAAAUAGUAUUGGAGGUGGAUGUGGAGGUGGUGGUUAUGGAAGGGGCGAGCAACAUGGAGAUGGAGAUGGUGAGGACGGAGUUGAUGACGGAGACGAAGCUGAAGGAGGUGGAGGCAGUGGCGGAGAUGGCGUUGAUGAAGAUGGAGGUGGAGAUGAGGUUGUUAUAGAGUUAGUGAUUGUCAAUGUGGUUGAGGACUUGGACUUUGAGGAAGAAAGCAGGAGGAGGCGGAGGCAGGCUUAA